UAAAUACGGGCACACUGGUAACUGGGAAAAUGGAAAACACAAGAUAAAACGUGAACUCUUCUGGUCGAAAUUUCGUGGUAACAAUCUGAUAUCUGGUGAAAAGGGACGACAGGCGAGACUGACAGGAUGCCGGGCAAGGUGGGGGUGAAGAUCAAGGCGGCGCGCAACCUGCCCGUGAUGGACAAAAGCAGUGAAACUACGGACGCCUUCGUGGAAAUCAAACUGGCCUCGGUGACCCACAAGACAGAUGUGUUCCGCAAGAGCUUGAAUCCAACCUGGAACACUGAUUGGUUCCGUUUUGAGGUGGACGAUGCUGAGCUGCAGGAUGAGCCUUUGCAAAUCCGACUGAUGGACUACGACACGUACUCCGCCAAUGAUGCUAUAGGAAAGGUUAACAUCAGUCUGAAUCCCUUGUGCCUGGAGAGCUCUAGUCAGGCGGUGCACGGCAAAGGCACCGUGCUCUCCGGCUGGAUUCCGGUCUUUGAUACUAUGCACGGCAUCCGCGGUGAAAUCAACGUGAUAGUCAAGGUGGAUCUUUUCUCUGACGUCAACAAGUUCCGACAGAGCUCCUGCGGCAUUCCCUUUUUCCACUCCCAGUGUGUGCCCUUUGGCUACCGCGCACAGGUGAUUCACGGAUUUGUUGAGGAGCUAGUGGUUAAUGAUGAUCCAGAGUACCAGUGGAUAGACAAAAUUCGCACUCCCCGUGCUUCCAACGAGGCCCGACAGGUGGUAUUUCUCAAAUUGUCGGGCCAGGUGCAAAGGAAAAUGGGCCUAAAGGCUAUUAAUAUGGGCGCUAAUGCUGUCAUCGGUUAUACUCAGUGCUUCGAUCUAGAGGGCGAUGUGGGCGUUGUAGCCCGAGGCAUUGGAACGGCAGUCACGUUGAUCAAGGACACCAGCACAAGUCAGCCAAAUAGCGCGGAUGUGGCCCUUAUCGAAGAAUCCAGCACUGAACUCCAACAGCAGCCAGGUACAACCGUGGCAGCCGGAAGCUCUGGACCGUCCAAUAUACCCACUACAGUAGAAGGCAGCAGUCCUAAUUUAAAGCGCUUCGCUUCACCGGUGAGCAACAGUCGCCUUAAGUUAACUCCCAGUCCUUCGAAGAGCGGUAUCUCGGCGACCACAAACGCGGAUAGUGCAUCGACUUCAACUGCGUCGACGGCUACGACUAUGGUGCCGGCCACCGUCGGUGAAAUCUGCCGCAGAUCUUCCGACUCUGACCUAAGUGUCACGCCCAAGGGAAACUCUAUUUGUGUGGCAAGUGAGCGUCUGGUGGCUGCCACGGCUAUGAUGCGUUUGACGCAGCCAGCUGUGGGAGCCAAACCUGGAACAGCGACGGACAGCUUGGACAUGUUGGAAUAUCCGUUCCUCACCAUGACAAAAUACCCGACUGGCUUUAUUCUUCAUCUGGGUGCAACAGUUGCCGCACGUUCCGUUAAACUGUUGGAGCGAGUGCCCAAUCCCGAUGAACCAGAGGUUCGUGACAGCUGGUGGACAGAGCUUCGAAUGGAGAUCCGAUCGCACGCCCGUUCCCUGGGAUGUAAUGUAGUGCUAGGUUAUGCGGAGACCACAACAAUUUCUGACGAUGUAUGUGUUUUAUCUGCCACAGGAACAGCGGCGGUGAUUAACAUGGUGUUCAAUAGAUCUGUGUCGCAAACCGAUAUCUUCACAAUGUCAAAGGCAACCGCUAGCGUUGCAGGCAUGACGAAUUCCACGGAGGAAGGAAAUGGAAGCAGCGCCGGAGACACCAGCAUUGGAAAAGAUACUGGAUCCCUGGGCACUGGAAACAGCUCGGGCGGUAAACGCUUUGCACUUCCGCCUCUCAAUGGACCUCGGAAUGCCUGUGCCAUUUGUCAUAUACCCUACAACCUUAGCUCGGUGCCCUUCAAUGUUAAAAUGAAGAAGUGCGCCGUAUGUCGCAAGGGACGAGUACCAGACGUACUCCUGGCUACACUUGAGGUGCCUGAAUUUAUGCAGGUCACCGGCCGCGGGUGCUUCAUGCAGGCCCAAGUGGUGCGCGCAAAAAGAGAUUUGCGUGCUGAGCUGAACGCCAAAGAGAUUUCAGAUGGUCUGCCUUUCCUGGAGUACGAACUUCAUCGAGUGCUUAUUAAUAAGCUGAAGGCCAAAGGCAUGAAUGCCAUUUUUGGACUACGCACUCAGGUGGCUAUCGGAGAGCGUAUGAUAGCUUUGAUAGCCACAGGAACAGCUCUGUUUCUUACCGCUUUGCCGGUGCCUCAGGUGCCAAAGAUCGUGGCUGGUAAUUCGUGGACCGAUAAACAAAAGCUCAAUGAGCUGCAGAAAAAGUUGCAAGAGACUUUUGAGCGAAACCAGGAGAUUUAUCAGUUGAAAAGCUUAGAUCCUGAUUUGGCAGCCAAUGCCGGAGGAGCCUUGUCCACUGGUGGGGCCUCUGGGGAUAAGCAAUCGGACACAGACGACUCUGAUGAGGAGGAGAUGAACGAGAUCGAUCUCAACUGCGGCAACAAGGAGCUGUGUGUCUUGGAGGUGGAUGAUAUCGAAGACUUGGAAAUCAUAUCGCUUUUAAUGGAACCUUAUCCACCAGAAGGCUUUCAUGUGGUAAAUACACAGCAGGUACCGGGGAUGCUGGAAAUGGACACAGUCAAAAAUCUACAGAUGUUCACCCAAGUGUGGCGUGCUCGUCUUGAAGUUGGCCAAAGUGUUAACGGGUUCCCCAAACACUUCCAGAGACUAUUGCAGACCAUUUACUUCAAGUUACGCACCAUGAUACCAUGUGCCAUCUGCGAUCUUCGCUUCCGAUUAGAUCUGCCCGAGACGGAUCAAAUUCAAUUGCUAGUUACUGGCAUGGCUAUGGGUCUAACCGAUGCUAAUAAAAUGAAGUAUCGUGGUCGUGGACGCACAGCACAGCAGCAGCCACCCUCACAACAGCAGAAUGGAUUUCAUGAUGCCACGGUGCUGGCCACCCAAUCCCAGCCAGAACUUAAUGGAAAGCGAAUGCUCCAGGAGGAGGAUUACAUUUUCCCAUUGGAUGAGGAUCAGAUGGUAGACACACCAACGCCAACCAGUACCGCCAUACCGCCAUUUGGAAUGAGCUCAUUUAAAAUGCGCAAAACUUCGCCAUCACGUCUUAGCAACAUAGUUUCAGCAUUGCCCUCCACCGGAGUUAAACCUUUGAAUGUCGGAUCGGUUCCACGUAAUCGAUACUUUCCUCUGCGGGAUCGUUACGGAGUGGAUUUGACGCCUCUAAGUUUCAUACCUGGUGGUCGUAUAGAUAAAUACCUGGGCAAUCUGAACUUUUUCUUUAUUCGAGAAAGCACCUCGAUAAGGGAGAAUGGCGGUAUCAGCGGUUUUGUCCAUGGUUUUAUUACCGAACUGUUGGCGGUAGUGAGGGCCCACAUCGCUUCUCUGGGUGGGAAUGCCAUGGUUUCGUUUUACAUCACCGAACUAAUGUUGUUCGAUAAUCAGCACAAGAAUCAGGGUCAGUGCCUGAUUAGCAUCGGUGGCGAUGCCGUCUAUGUGAGCUACCAUGCCGAUGAGUGAUACAAAAACUUGCGGGGCAUAUAGCGACUAUUUUACGCGAAUCGUCCCAAAAGCCUCUACUCUCUAUUUUCUUCCGCUUAGCUAGAACUGUCAGCUUUGCCCAGCAACUGAAGUUAAUCUAAUUCACGUUUACUUGACAACUAUAUAGUCUGUGGUUGGAUUCUUUAUGCAAUAUUUUAACUGUGAGGAAUCGUUCUUCUCCUAACUUAGUGCGAAUUUUUUCGGUCUUGUUACUUGUUUGCUUGAUGUUUUUAGCGUUAAACCAAUUGCAAUUUCUGUACAUAGUUGAUGUUUAUUGAAUAUUGAAUUUAGAUCGAGUGCGAGACACAAGUAUACUAAUGAUAUAUACAAUUGUUGCAACCACAAACAUGACACACAUAUACUCGUACUCCUAGAUAUCCAAUUUUGGCGUGUAAAAUACAUUACAUACAAUAUUUAAAAAUAAAACAAUUGCUCAAUUAAA